UGAACAGAAGCUGUUUGGUACAAAGAGAGAAGCUGGAGUCGCGUAGUUCUCUGUACACGCAGUUGUAGUAGUUUUACUUCAAACUGCAGUCGAGUUGUUAGAAAGUAACCAGAAUGGAUCCGUUUACUGAGAAACUGUUGGAGCGAACUCGAGCUCGCAGAGAGAACCUCCAGAAGAAACUCGCAGAAAGAAGCAAUGCAGCGAACAGACAGGUGGUGAAAAGGCCUCGAGAGCCACUGACUGACACAAACGUUGUGAUCAGCGAGUCUCUUAUUGAUAAAGUGCCCCAGAUGUCCACGAAGCCGUCUCCCUCGAAGCGUAAGUGCUCUGGAGAAAAUGUCCAACCUGCAGCUGAUGAAGAGAACCAGGAGCCGGUGAUGCCACAAGCUCCUCCCCUCUCAGAUCCUCCCACAGACAAAAAGCCCCCGGUGGGUCCAGCCAGCAUCCGGCCUUUCUCCUCCUCCUCGGAGAAGACUUCGGGAAAGCUUGUUCUGCAGUCUCAGUCAGUGCAGCUGAAAGCAGAACGCCCAGAACCCGACAAGGUGGCCGUCUGCACUGCUCUUGUUCCUCCGAGCAGAACAGAAGCACAGAUAGCAGUCGCCAAUCCAGCUGAGAGUAACAAAGAGGAUCCAGCUCCAUCUGCUGCCGGCAUGAAAUCACGCUUAAAACACCUGGCAGAGCAGAGGAAGUGCUGGAACACUGACG